UAACUAGACAACCUUUUUGCAGUAGACAUACACAACACGAUUCAGAAUACCAACCAGGUCAUCUUCUGCCGCAUUGCAUCGGAUUGGGAGUUGUCUAUCACCUAUCACUUAGCAUAAUUGCAUGAUUCCUCCCCUAGUCCCUGCAAUAGGCCCUAGCACGCACACACAACAACCUUACCCCUCCAACUUGCUCUAACCAGUAGUUUUCCGAGGGUCGCCGCAUUUCGCAUAUUCCCAAUAAGAUUUUUUUUUUAUUUGAUAUACCAACCAAUACACCGAGAAUAUUUUUAAAGUCUCCCUUUCUCUCUUCUCUCUUCACGAUGUCGACUUCCCCACAAACCCCAGACGUAAAUCAAUCAGUCCAUAAUCAUCCCGAGAAUGUCUCCCAGAGACGAGAGUCCGAGUCCACCUCCAGUUCCGCCGAACUCACCAGCGUCACCUUAAAGUUGCGCAAGGCUUUACGCAAUUUCCCUGACUUUCCCAUCCCCGGUAUCGAUUUCGUUGAUAUCCUUCCUCUCUUCGCUUCUCACGACCUUCACGAAUCUUUGAUCCGCGCUCUGGAGUUACAAGUUCUUCUUGUGAACGGUGGGAAGAAACCCGAUGUUAUUGUUGGUUUGGAUGCUCGAGGAUUUCUUUUCGGACCUUCCCUUGCUCUGAGAUUAGGAGCGGGAUUUGCUCCGGUCAGAAAGAGAGGAAAGCUUCCUGGUCCUACCGAGGAAGCUUCUUUCGAGAAGGAAUAUGGUCAGGAUUAUUUUCAAAUCCAAAAAGAUGCGAUUAAACCUGGGCAAUCAGUACUUGUUGUAGAUGAUAUCAUUGCUACUGGUAAGAUAUAACUUUCCGAUUCACUUAUCUGCGGGACAUUUCUCGUUACACAUACCUACUCUUGAGGAAUAUUUUCACUGACAUUUCAUUCUAGGAGGAAGUGCCCAAGCAGCCGGAAAGCUUGUCCAACAACUCGGAGGAAUUUGCAUGGGAUAUUUAUUUAUUUUGGAAUUGGAUUUCUUGAAAGGACGUGACAAACUCUCCGCUCCCGUCGCAACAUUAUUACGCGAUUAAAUGGGCAUGCUGGAUUGUAAGAAUUAAAAAAGUCACGAUCCCCAUUUUGUUGGAUUUCGUUGGCGUUGGUGUCGGGCAUUCAUCAUAGACAGCAUUCAUUGCAUUACUGAGCUUCUUCGAUGUUGAUUGAGGUGACGAUGGCCUUGCUAUGAGGAGGAAAUGAAUGGGUGGACUUUUGCAUAAAGAGUUGUUUGUUAUACUCGUUGAGGGUAGAGUAUGUUGGUUCUUGGCUUUGGAUAAAAUAAGAUCGUAAUACCGAUUUAUAUUGGAUUUAUCUUGGAUAAUAUGAAUAUGGAUUUGGAUUCUGAUUCUGGAUUUGGAUUUGAGACGGGAACAGAAUAAUUAUCGCCAGAUAAAUGCGUGAGAAGUUCAUGUAUUCAAUCCAAAUUUAAAUAUCUUUAUCUUUCCAUACCUCAGUAUCAUAUAUAUACAUCAUGCCAACAGAUUCAUUACCACACAUUCAGAACUUUGAAGGAGUCG